AUGGGUACUCGUGGGGAUGAAGAAGACGAAGAUUGCUUCUUUGAUGCCCCUGAACAAGACGUAGCAGCAACAACAACAUCAUCUGAAUUCGGUUUAGAUCUCUGGACCGAGAAGCCUGACAGUGUUUCCAACCGAAGGCGUAAGUUUCUCCAAUCUAUGGGCUUUAGUUUCAAAAAGACUGCAGAAGACGAUUCCUUGGAGGACUCUGAAGAUGUUCAAGAAGUUGCCAACAACGAGUCUUCUUCUGAUGAUAGAGUGAAGGAGGUGUUGUCGAGGAAUGAAUCUACUAAGUCCUCUGGAUUUGAUCAAUCCACUGUUUCAUCAUCAUCAUCAUCUGAGGACACGGAUGAUCAAUCCUUGGUGAUGAGCAGGAACGAUUCAAGUAGUAGCACUAGUAUGAUGCCUGAAGGGUUAACUGAUUCCGGUUCAAGUAGAUCCGGUAGUGAUUUUGACAACUCUCCAUCGAGCAGUCGUAGAUAUGAUUCUCUGAAAGGAGGAGCACAGUCUUGGUUGAAGAAGCUUGGUGUGUUGACACAUGUCCUCGAGUCUCUGGACUGUGAAGGAAUGAAGCGAGUUGCGAAGGUUCAGACUUACAAGAAGCAAGUCAAGGAGCUCUCGUCUCUGUGUAUUGACCAAGAUUUUGCAGCGCAUGAAGGCUCUGUGUUAGCCAUGAAGUUUUCUCAUGAUGGGAGAUACAUUGCGAGUGCUGGUGAAGACUGUGUGGUUCGAGUUUGGAGCGUAGUGGAGGAAGAGAGAACAGAUAAGUAUGAAGUAGCAUCUGAGGUUGAUUCUAAUGGUGUUUACUUUGGGAUGAAUCAGCAUUCUCAGAUUGAGCCUCUUAAUAAUAUGAACAAGGAGAAAGUAGAGAAGAAGACGAGUUUUCUGAGGAAGUCGUCGGACUCAACUUGUGUUGUCUUACCCUCGAAGAUCUUUAGUUUAUCUGAGAAGCCUCUGCAUGAGUUUAGAGGACAUGUUGGUGAGAUCUUGGAUCUUUCCUGGUCGGAGAAUGGGUAUCUGCUGUCAUCUUCUGUGGAUGAGACUGUUCGUUUAUGGAGAGUAGGUUCUGAUGAAUGUCUCACAACUUUCCCUCAUAACAAUUUCGUGACUUGUGUGGCAUUUAACCCUGUGGAUGACAAUUACUUCAUUAGCGGAUCAAUUGAUGGGAAAGUUCGAAUAUGGGAUGUGUCCCGUUGUCGAGUUGUUGACUACACAGAUAUAAGAGACAUUGUAACAGCUGUCUGCUUUCGUCCAGAUGCAAAGGGUGUAGUCAUAGGCUCCAUGACAGGGAACUGUCGCUUCUACCAUAUUCUCGAGAAGCAGCUGCAAAUGGACAGAGAGAUUAACUUACAUGGGAAGAAGAAGGCUUCAAGCAAAAGGAUCACUGGUCUCGAGUUUCUUCCCAAUGAUCCUGACAAAGUAAUGGUUACUUUUGCUGAUUCUAAGAUUCGGAUCAUAUCCGGAGAUGAUGUAAUCUGCAAGUUUAAAGCUUCUAGCCUUCGCACAACAUCUGCUUCAUUCAUUUUAGAUGGGAAGAACAUUCUCUCAACAUCAGAGGACUCAGGGAUUCAUUUGUGGAAUUACUCUCAGUGUCCAAGCAAGAAGCCUUCUUCUGAUAAACCUAAAAGCAUCAGGUCUUACGAGGGCUUUCUCUCACACAAUGCCUCUGUGGCUGCUCCUUGGCUCAGACAGGGAAUGAGGAACAGUCUAUAUGAUUGCAUCACAGAGUUGGAGAACAAUACACCCAAAGUGGACUGUUUCUCUCCAAUGAAAGGAUCAACAACUUGGCCUGAAGAGAAGCUUGAUGAAACUGGAACAGUGAGUAGUAGCAGAGGGAAUCUGAAGCUUCUGAGGAGGAGCGUGUUGCAGCCUCACCUGUGGGGUCUUGUGGUCGUCACUGCGACUUGGGAUGGAAGGAUCAGAGUCUUCCACAACUACGGCUUGCCUGUUCGUGUCUAA